AGAUUUUUUGUAAUUAAAUCAUUUAAUGAACAAGAUAUAAUAUCUUCAUUUACUCAUGAAGUUUGGUCAUCAACUGAUCUUGGUAAUAAUAGAUUAUCAAAAGCUUUUAAUUCAAUGAGAAAUUCAAAUUUGAAAAGAAUUUUCUUAUUUUUUUCAGUUAAUGGAUCCGGUCAAUUUUGUGGAAUUGCCGAAAUGAAAUCUAAAAUUGUCAAGAAAAAUGAUGGCAAUAAUGAAGUUGAUGAUGAUAUUUGGUUAGAUAGCUCAAGAUGGAAGGGGAAAUUUAAAAUUCAAUGGUUAUUAAUUAAAGAAAUAUUUAUCUUAGACAUCUUAAAAUUCCAAUUAAUAUACAACAGCAAUAAUCAUAAUGAAUUUGAAAUGAGACCAGUUACCAAUUCAAGAGAUACUCAAGAGUUACCUUUUGAGAUUGGUGAACAAAUGAUUCAAAUUUUUAAAGACGUUGAUUCCAAAACUAGUUUUUUACAAAAAAUGGUAUAA